GCUCAGUUGCCUGAGAGCAACACUGUGAUUCAGAUGAUGGAGAAUCUUCUCAUUCCUCUGAAAAGCCUUAGCGCCACAUGGCUGAGCCCCAGCACCACUACCUUCGCGGUGGAUAUGAUCCUCACCUUUGUGUGUGGACUGGGGCUCUUCCUUCUCUUACUGCCCUGGCUCGAGGGUGAACCAUCCUUACCGCCAUCCAGGAGAAACAGAAAAAUCAGAAAACGUCCUGGGCUGAUGAGCUGGAAGAACAGGAGUAGGAAGAGGACAGGUGCUCUCAGAGACUGCCAGAUUUCUCGGAGGUUCCAUAAACUAACUUCCCUUCUGAAAAGAUUGCAGAGGCUGCUCCCUCACCCAGAAAGCUCUCAACAGCCCGGAUACCAAAACCGCCCUGCUGAUGCGCGCACAAGAGCACCUGUCACUGCCCCGCAGCCAUAUGGGGAGAACGCAGACCCUGCUGCUCUGUCCCUGGCAGAGGCUGCCCCCUCUGCUCUCACUCAGCACCUUCCACCUCGGGCCUCCUCUCCAUCGCCAGGCCCGCCUGAAACCUCUUGUGAUUUUGUUUGCUCACCCACAUCCCUCACCGCCUCUCAGAUCCCAGAGCCCCUGCUUUCCCCGGCCCCGGCCCCAUCCUGUCUGGACCCCCGAUCCCCACCCCAAUCCCAGCGCCUACCUCUAGGUCAGACCCAGACUUGGACCCACCCUCAAUCCUCUCCCCUAGUCCUGUUAGCACCUUACGUGGCCUUCAAUCGGGGCUGCGAAACCUCCUGCUUUACACCCCAUAAUAACCCACAGUCACUCAUUCCAACUGAAAUUCAACACCCAGGGAGGCCCUUGUCCAAGAAACACCUAGAACACAGGUGGGCUGACCCCUCAGCAGUCCGAAGCCCUCAGGAGGCGGGACCUGCCCUGCAGGAUCCAGGAGUCUCAGAAGUCACACAGCCUCAGUAUGGCUUAGCUCACUCAUCUCAGGUGAAGGACAAACCUGGGCCUUCACAUUUGUUGGUGUCUACAGGUGAAUGCAGCAAGGAUGUGCAGAAGGUGAGGUUCCAGCUAAUUAGGGACUCAGGCAAGAAUCUGGGGCAUAUUCUAGGCAAGGUCCCGAAAGCUCUCUCCGGGGCCUUAGGAAGCCCCCCAGUGAAGGUUCUGGGGGAGACCUCUGAGGCAUCAGAGCGAAACCUGAAGAGGCCCAUGGAGAGCGACACAGCCCAUGACUCAUUUGGAAGUACAGACAGGAAAUACCUGGAAGGCGUGCUGGAAGCCCAUCUGGGUGUGAAGGUGGGGCAGAUCCACGAGGGGCUGAUCCCUCUGAAAGUGCACCGAUCCUGGCUCACUGCCAGCAGUGCCUUUUCUACAUCCAAAACCCACAUGGAAACCAGAAGCCCAGUGUCCUCCAGGAGUCAGGAAAGCUGUGUGAGCACCGUCCAGAAGUUUUUCUUCAAUCCACGCAUUCAGCAGGGCCUGGAGAUGCACAUUACAAGGUUCAGGGUGAGGUGCAGGUGGGGCGUCCCUCCUCCUCUGGAGGUGUGUCCUGGGCCGAGAUGUCCAGGAGAGGAGGCGACAGUCAGGCAGUCUGUCCCUACACUGGGCAGUCUCCUUGUCUCCUCUCUUUCGGGUAAGGAGACCGAGAGGGCCCUGCCAGGGAUCCCUCUUGCUCAUGGCCAGGGGUCCUCAGAGGCCCCUCUAACUAGACAGGAGAGCAGGGGGCUCUCACAGGAACUCACAUACAGCCUCGUGGGCAGAACCAGUGAGAGCAGGACAAGCCAAAGGGUUGGCAGAGGCAGCCCAGAAGUCCCCUUGCUUCCUGGAACAUGUGUCGCCCAAGAUGCACGAGAGCCAGGCCUUUGGGCAGACACUGUGAGCCAGGUUCAGCACAGAGUGGAGAUCAAGUCAGUGAGCCAUUCUGAAGUCUGUGUCUCAGGUGUCCACCUUCCAGACUCUUCCACUGACUCACUCUGUGCCUCAGACUGUUUGGGGUCCGUGGUGUCCCCGUGCCCUCACCACAGCAUGCCUCUAGGGCACAUGCUAGCUUCACAGCGGCCAGGUGCCAUAACUGCAGACAGAGGGAACAGCCUGGGUCAGCAGAAGCUCAGUUUCCUGAAACAUCAGCACUCACCGAAGAGCCAAAGCAAGACCCUUAUCCCUGCUGCCAGGCAUGAGGUUGGUAGGAGGCCCAGCUCAGGAAAACAUGAGGACAGGUUGGGAGCCGUGGGGACCUCUGAGCCCACCCAGGAUGGUGUAAGACACACCACAGAGAGUGAACACCUUCAGCUUCUCCCACAAAAUAAACCAGGCCCCUCAGAAGGCUACUUCCAAAGAAGCAUGAAGAAAUUUCUACAGUGGAUUUUACCCAAUAAAGCAAUCAAAAGGCAGGGAGACACCCAGAAAAUGGGCAAGCCUGUACCUGCCACUGUCCAGAGCCAGAGACCGGCCAUAAACAGACUUCGUGUGGACCAUGACACUGAUAAGACUGAGCUGCUCGUGAGAGCUGUUGGGCACAUGCUAGAAGCCAAAAUGAUGCUUCAGCGUGAACUCUGCACCAUGACGUUAAAUCAGCGUGAAGAAGAAGGUCAAGCCCCAAUCUCCCAGGCUUCCCGCUGCUCAGAGCACAGGAGAAAGCCAGGACAUGCAGCCAGCCCCAAGUGCCACAGCUGUCCUGCCAGGGAGAGGCACCCCCGUGACCAAGAGUCCCUGAAAACUGGACAGCUCAACAGUGAGCAGCAGGGCUGGAGGCAUCUGCACCCCUUCUUCCCCAUCAAGUCUGGGUCCCCAGGCAGCCCCUCCCAGUGGGGCCCAACAGUGUCCCGGGCACUAGGCCAUCAACAUUACUGCCCAAGGCAUGGUCUUUGGAGAAGCGUCUUGACGACAGCAGAAACAUUUCUCCCCAGUCUUUCUUGGUAGAACAACACAUGACCAGUAAAGAAUUAGCUACGUAGAAGAAAAUGACUUUUCUCAUGUAUCCUAGAUAUUACUGUAGCCCAAUACAUACCUAUGUU